AUGGCGAGUCAGUGUAAAAGGCAGCAAUGCACAAUCGACAGGCGCGGCUUUCGGCAGGAACUUGACUCUUGGAAACAUAAACUCAUUCACUGUGUAGGGUUUGAGAGCAUUCUCGAAGGUCUAUUUACUCCAGGGCUGGAAGAGGACCUCAAAUUAUUUAAAGACCUUGAGCCGACAGCAGUGUCUGACUGGUCAUUCGAUGAAAAUUGUUUAUUCUGCUGUUUGAGACGAGACAAUGUAAAGGAACACUUAAUUGGCUUAACCAACGAGGGGAUUGAAGACAAACCGAAACCUCUCCUGGCUAAAGAUCAGAACACAAUCAGCCGACUAGAGAAACAAGCCGAGGAAUUUCUCCAUGCAGUCCUUGGCAGAAAAGAUGUGCCACAUUUCUCGGACCCAAACAUUCCUGUAGUGGCUCGAGAGAUCCUUCAGAGAAUGAUGCGACAGUUUGCUGCCGAAUAUACCUCAAAGAACAGCUCCUCUCAGGACACUGGCUCUGAUUCCCAGCCUUGCUCUGACCAAAGCCUGCCGACCCCCUCCUUGAUCUCAGGGGCUUCUCCUCCUGCCAGCCCCGCUGCCACCGUGGCUGGGCCCGCACACAACCAGAACCCCGUCCUCAGCAAGCUCCUCAUGGCUGACCAGGAGGCUCCUCUGGACCUCACCAUCAAGAGGCCCCCGUCUCUGCCUACUGAACAAGAUGGAGUUCUUGACCUAUCUGUCAAAAAGAACCGCUACAGCAGCGGCAGCCUGUCUGACCGUAGCCCCUGCCUUUCUCCAGCCACUUCCACACUCAAAGGGGAGUCUCAAGACUUUCCUAUUGCAAAGGCAACAGACCUGCAGUCGACCUCCACGCUGGAACGCUUCAUGGCCAAACUCUGUACUCAACAUCAGAGACAGAUAGUAGAUGCUAUAGGUUUUCUACAGACUGAGGUCAAAGCACUGGCAUCUUCCAAUACACAGAACGUUUCUAACUCUCCCUCUGGGAUCCAGGGAAGUGCUUUUUCCACUUCAAAAUCCAAUGAACUCACUCCUAAGAAGUCAUGCCCUGAGCUUAGAUUUCCCAGUGAAUCCACUCCCAAGUCAGAAGUCCAGGAUAUGUCCUAUUCUAUCCCAAGCAUCCAUGCAAUUGGGAAAGUUCCAAACAAUGCUGUGUUGCUGAAAACAUCAACUGGCCCUGCUCUGGAUCUUCGCACCCCUGGGUCAGGGAGCAACCAAGCUUUAGUCACUCCCACUGCAAAUCCAUUGGAUUCAGAAAACAACCGCCAUGGUGAUCAUGCUCCUCUUAAGAUGAAAAUCAUGGCCAGCAAUGUUGCUGCCGGUAAAAAGUUAUCAUGCGUGCUCAACGCCUCUCUUUCAUCUCACUCUGACACAUUGGAGGACAGACAGGGUAACUCAAAUGUAUCUAACAGAACAGAGAAUCACAGUGCUAGACUCAGCUCCUCUAUGAAAAGACACACUCAAACAAGUCAUGCAAAUCAUGUUAGGCAGAGAGAUAUUCUUGGGCAUGCCAAAGAUAAACCAGCAAACUUGUUUUCACUUCACAUGAGCAUUCCUUCCGACUCCCCGCGGACUGCCAGGAAGACCGUCAGGUCGUCCUCUGAUCAUGGGAUUAGGGACUCAACUUGUAAAGCAUUGGCUGACCCUGAUCUUGGCCUCUGUGACAUUGUUUUUAUUGACAAACCAAUAACAGAGUGUUUUAAGGAACAGCAGCGUGUCUUGCUUCCUCGCCGCAAUGCCAGGAAAAGCACCAGAGGACAUUUGUAUUCAGAUGAAAUCUGGGAGUUGAAAACUGUCCGUACAUUGGCGGGGAGGGGCAACUGUCCCAAUCCAAUGCCAGAUAUGAUCACCUUGGUCACCCCAAAACAGAUGCUUUCAAAGCCUGAAGGUGUACCAUAUGUAGAUAUGCCUUUUGCUGGAGCAGGUAGAGAGACAAUGAGUCAGCAAAUGUCCAAAGAAGUGUCCAAUGAGAGUGUGAUACCAGGAACAGGAGAUAUGGUGGAGGUAGCAGCCAGUGAAGAAGACGUAAUAGUAGAACAUAGUCAGACAGACAGGUGUCAGAGCAAAGAGCAGUUGGUCCCUUCCUCUCUGAUAAGGUCCCCAAAAGAAAACAAAGAAAUGAACAUGAACACAGAUGUAGAAAUGGACACAAGUGCAGAUUCAGUGGAGACAAAAGGAAUUGAAAAACUUGUUUCUCAGGCUCCAUUUGAAGCAGAACCUUUUAACAAGCAUGAGCCUCAAGAGGACAUGCAUGAAAGUCCUGAGCAAAUAGCCACCGAAACAGUAGUGGGGCCAUUAGAGGAUAAUAUCAUAAAUGAAGAUGAGCCCCAACUUUCAUUAGAUGGACUGCACAACAGUGAGCCUGUUCUCAUGCAGAUUAGUGCCCCAUCACCAGUGGCUCAAGUUGAGGAAGAAAUAAACGAGAAUAAAGGGGAAGAAAUACAAGAUGAGAAAAGUCAGGAUCUUCAACCGGAGGCAGAGAAACACAAUGACAACUUCAACGUGACAGAAAAGUCCAACAUCACUGAUUUGGCAGCGGAGCCAGUAGACAAAGAGCCAGAAAUGAAUACAUCUGAAGCAACUGACUGUGUAGUGCCUUUAGAGACUGAAUGCGAUAAUGACGAAGACGUGUCCACAAAGUCACUUGACGCGCUCUUGAAGGAAUUGCCCCCUUGGCGUAGAAAAAAGGGUACUGCAGCAUCACCGUCAAAGCUGAUAAGAGAAACAGACGCUGUGGUCGUGGGUUUUGUCAAUGGUAGACCCAUAUCGGCCUCUGAUAGAAGUCUGCGGCGUAGAUCAAAUAGCACCACAUCUCCUACUAAAACCCCAGUUAAAACUAGUCAGAGUGUCGACAUCAAGACUUUGGUUGAUUCAGCUGUUGAAAACAAACAUUCGGAGGAGCAUCUAGCUGAAACAGACAUCGCUGUAAAAUCUAUUGAUACUACUCCUGAGAUUCAGAAAGAUAAGGAACCGUCUUCUGCCCCACCAACGAGUCCAACAUCUACAUUUCCCCCCAAGACCAAAUUAACCCGGAAACAAAAAAGAGAUAAGGAUGGUUUGUCUGUACUGUCCGAGCAGCGACAACUUAGAUCGAAAGGAACUCCAGUUUCAUCGCCCGAAUCUAAGGAUGCCAUUUCAUCUCCAAAACCUACUGCUACCCAUGCUCUUCCAUCUACAGAGACCCUUCCCUGCCUACCCCUCUCUUCUUCGCUUCCUGUUACUUCUCCUCCUUCAAUCGAGUCAUCUUCCCCUGAAGAGUCCAAAAAGAACACAGUCCCAGUCCCAGAGACACUGGCGGAAGAUAACAUUGAUAACUCGCAGCAAGAAGAGGCAACCCCUGAAGAAAUACAAAACAACAUAGAAGAAAAUACAUCGCAGGCCAACGAGAAACCACCGUCUACAAAUGCUGUAGUAGAAAGCAUUAAGAAUGAGAAACAGCCACUUGUGGUAUCAAGUCCAUUAAAAAUUGAAAGCCCUGUAACGACUGAAAUGCCAACGCAGAUUACGCCAAUAACAAGUAAGCGGGUUCUCCGAAAGGAGGCACAAGCAAGUGAUGUUGCUUUGCCGCAGAAGUCAAAUGUAGAACCUUUAGGAGACAAGUCUGCAAGUGAAGAUGAGAGCAGUUCUUCCCUUUCAGACAAACCGGCAAGAAUGCCAUUACGGAGUGAGAGUAAGACUGAGAUGCCUCCAACUAUUACUCAUUCAUCACCAGUUGACAACAAGAAAUUGGCUUUGAGAUCACAGAGAUUAGCUGUACCAUCUACCAGUGCUACUGUAGCUGGAAGACCGACUGACCUAGCUUCCCCUAUUAGAAUAAUCCCAGAAAAAGCAGCCAAAGCUCAGAUGAAGCCUCUUUCAGUGGCUGUUGUGCCGGAGUUUCCUCAAAGCUCUGCCCUUCCUAUCAAUACACCAAGAUCUCAGCCCCCAAAACAAACUAACAGAUUCCUUGAACAUUUGAAUGGUGAAGAAAACCAACAACUUAUAACAAAUCUGAACAUUAAGUAUGAUAAAAUGCAAAAAGGCUGGGUGCAAUUGGACAAAGAGGGUCAGCCGCCAACAAAGUACAAAAACAAAUCAGACAGGCAGGCAGCCAUAUGGAAAAGUAAGCGCAGGGCACGGAAAUCAAAGUCUUCGGAUCACCAGAAAUACUCGCCUUUCCAAAUGCUCUUCGUGAAAGGUUUUAAUCUCUCCAGUAUCUGUCGCUGGUACCUUGAAACAACAGAAACAAAGUCCCUCGUCAUUGUCAAGAAAGUAAAUACACGUCUUCCGUCAGAAACUCAGCUGUGCUUCCACAGUGCUAGUUCUUCAGGGGCCUCUCAGGGAAUAUUUCCAAGCCUACAGGCUGAGCGUUUGAAGAAACAUUUGAAGAAGUUUGCCAUCGCCUCUCCUGUAAAGAGCAACCCCAAGAGUCAGAAACUUAUUGCUAGAGCCCUGGAGGCAAAUGCAGUCAAAGAGAGAGAAGAACUGCCCAGUUCUACUCAGACUGCCAAAGCCUGUGCCCAGGGUGAACCCCAGAAAGCCUCUGGUAAAUCAAAGAAUCCAGCUAGCGCAAGGAUCCUGAAGAAAUACUCUAAUAUCAGAGAGAAGAUUCAGCAAACCAAUGUUAGACUCAAAGAGGCCUCAAAAACCUUAAAAAACAACAAUGUGAAAAGACUGGACAGUAAAAAGUCAGCCGCCAAGUCAAAUGUGAAACCAUCUACGAAGGCACAAAAAUCAGCCCUAUCUGUCGGGAAAAAAAUGAAAGCAUCUGCUGCAAAGAUGGAAAGAAGGAAAACAUUGGCUGGUAGAAAAACUACAAAGCCUCCGGUUCAACAGAGGGCGGUCAAGGCUCAGGGCAGCAGUAGAGCUUCAAGAGAUGCAACUAAAAAAGACAAAAUGCCAAAGAGAUCUUCUCAACGACUAGGGUCUCCUAAAGUAUCUGACCAUAACCCGGGCGACAAAUCGAAAAGCAAGGCCGACAAUAAAAAACAAACUGAAGCAGAGAGAGUCGAUGUUGAAAAAGCAGCUCUAAAUAAAGGGAGUCCUAGCAAAACGCUCGCUAAGGAAACGUCACAAAGUACUGUCGCUGUAAUCAAAGGAGCCGAGAAGGCUGAAACGCCACGGCCAAGUGUGGAUGGCAAGGCUCCGACCUCGCCUGACCAGGUACUAACAAGAUCCCAGAGGAAAAUGGAGGUAGCAGUCCCGUUGAGUGGGGGCCCUAGUCAUGCUGUAAAGAAGGCCGCAAAGUCCAUGAAAUCAAAAAAUGCAUCUUCUAAAGCAGUCAAGAAAUCAGAGAGACCCAUGCUGAUGAGAAGAGGGGCGAAAGGAAGGCAGAUGGCUGUGUUACCACGCACUGUGACAAAAUCCGCAACCAAGAGAGCUCGGGAGCCUUUAAAGACGCCCGCAAAACGGACCAGGACAUCACUCUCUAAAUGAAAGUGCGCCUGCAGAGAAGGACAAUCUUUAGUUAGGGGAUUCUGUUACUUUCUUUUCAGAAAGUCCAGAAAUACAUAUGUUCCACUCUCAUUACAGCCCUUCACAGGGCACCUUGUUCAGUUGGCAAUUAUGUGAAGAAGGUUUUGAAAAUAAUUUAGGCUUUUGUAAAGUGUGAAAAAACCAAUGUGAUAUUUGCUGAGUGUUUGCUCUGAGUUGAAGUCUACAGACAAGUCCUACAUGAGGUGUCAUAGAUGUAGUUGCUGUAGUUUCUGUUCCAGCUACCCAAGACAAGGCUGCAGAUAACAUUAUAAAACCUUAUUUUAAAAGUUGGGAUAAACAUCAAACAUCUGAUGCAGAUAUCGAAGUGACAUUUACGUUCACUCAGCGUCCUGUUUUGUUUUCUUUUGCCAUUUUGUAAACAGUUAUUGUUUUAGAUAAUAGCAUACACUGCAUUGAGUGCUUGCUAUGAGAAGGGAGGUCAUGUUUUCUAUAAGGUUUUACUGACAGUUAGUAGGCAUUUAGUUUCUCCAGCUUGUCUUCUAAACACAACAUUGUGAAUAUGUGACUGUUGUGACCCGGUGCCUUAUUUAUGAAGUGUAAACAAAUCGAAGCUGUUGCUAAAUGUGAAAACUCCUGUCCUUUUAGCUAUACAAUCGUUCAAUUCAUGGAGAGGCUGCAUUAACUAGCUUCAGAGUGUGUAAAGAGGUUAGGUUUCACAGCUUAUGCCUCGUGUGUCAUCUCUACAUUCUUAUGUUGACCGAGGCAUUAAGGUUUAUUUUUAUAUUACUAUUUUUUUUCCCAGAGCAUUAACUUAAUAUCGUUCUUACUUUAGAUGUUAGAUGUUCAAGCAAAUAAGAGUCAAUUGUUAAACGAACAGACGUGCUCUGUAUGUGUCAUGAAAUACAUUUGUUAUGUUUGCGGUGGUUUUUCAUCCCUAUCAACCUUUUUGUUUUCUACUCAACAUCCCAUUAAGUAUUUGACCUGCUUCUGCAUGUGUUAGGUCUUGGUAAUGUGCAGACAGCAACUCUUGCAUUAUAGCUAUUGACUUCCUAGAGCUCAAACCCAUACCUAUCUUUAUACCCUUGAACUUCGAAAAAUACUAACCUCAUUCAGAACUUUGUAUGCACAAUUAAAAGUCAAAAUGCUGUACUGAAAAAUAUGCCAUGAACUUUGGGAUACUGGCCUAUGUAUCACUUUGGCAACGAUGUUUCCUAACAAAGGCCUAAAAAUGUAUAUUUGGUUGGUAAAUAUGAAUGAAGUUAUGGCCUAUUUAGCAUUAAUGGCACACUAUAGGGUGAGUCAUUCCUUCCCUGAUUUUACAAGUUUGGAUAUGACAUGUUUGGCUAGUCUUAGUCACACUUCUGAGUUGUUGAUCCAAUGUAUGUAUGUAGCAGUUUUAUGUUUUAUUAUUGUCAGGCAGAUGUUCUCAUAAUGUGAAGUUUCUUAACUUCCACAGUAGUACAUUUCAUUAGUGUAUUGUCAUUUUUAGCACAGUGUUAUUUUUUGAUGUUCAUUUCUCUUUAGAGGGUAAAUUGUCUGUAAAUGCAAACACAUGUUUUUAUUGUUAUUUAACUCCUUGUCAGCUAAUCUAUAACAGCCCACCAAAUAUCGGACUUGAACAUGUUUAUUCUUUACAGUUGCUAUUUAAAGAUUUUGAUUUUGUAUAUUAGAAAGAAAGGACUGCUUUAUUGGUGGUAAUCCCAAGAAAGAUACAUCUUUAUGUUAAGAAUUUUGUAUUUUUGCUGGAGUUGAUAUAAAGAUGUUGGAAUUUUA